CUUUCUAUUCGAAAAUCCCGCAUCUGUUCUCUUAGUCACGUGACAUCCGCUUGUGUACCGAAGAAAUCCGAAAUCUGUCGUUUCAACUUCGUCUGCAUAUCAUUUAAUCUGUCAAUUGCGAAAAAAAGAAAGGUCACAUUUUUUUAGAAGUGCUGAUAAUUUCUUUAAGAAGAUGACGGAUUUGGAUUCACCUAGAAGAAAUAACGACUGUUAUUUUUAUUACUACUCAACUUGCACUAAAGGUGACAGUUGUACCUUUAGACAUGAACCAUCAGCACUUGGGUGUGAAACAAUGUGUUCAUUUUGGAAAGAAGGAAAGUGCCUAAAUGUUCAUUGUAAUUAUCGUCACAUGGAGCUGAGGAAGAAUCGAAAGGCAAUUCAGUGCUACUGGGAAAAUCAGCCUGGUGGCUGUUUGAAACCGCACUGCCCAUUUUUGCACCAGAAUGUUGGACAAUCCUCUGCUAACUUAGAUGACAAUACAAAUACUAAUGCAAAUAAUUCUAAUAGUACAGAAGAAACUGAAAAUACUGAAGAGGUUUCACAAAGUCCCACACAAAACGGAAUUGAGGGUCAAUCAUCGGAGAGAAAUUUCCGAAAUCAAGUUGAUUCUCUUGUGGUAUCUUUCGAAGAAGAGUCUGAUACUGAAUCGAUACCGACCAAAUCACCGAGCAAACUUCCGGUUAAAAAACUACGGGUGAAAACAUUAGAGGAAAUAAAGUUAGAGCGUAUUCAAGAAGAAUCCGCAGCAUAUUUUGCCUACAGUCUAGAUCAUCCAGAUAACGACAAAGGGGAAGAUCUUCGUAGGAACUUGAUGAGGAAAAGGAAGAGAAAUGCUCAGGAUGAUCCACAGAAGCUUUCGAAAAUAUCACGACUGGAUGCUUUCAUACCGCAUACUGGUGAAACCUACAUAAACCCAAAGGAUUUCAACCUAUUUUCGAAAAUUAAUAACAAUGGACAAGAAAACAAGGAAGACGAAACUAUCAGCGACAUUAGGGAUCACAAGAUCACAAGAUUGGGAAUCAAAAAUAAGGUUAUAAGAAAAAACACUCAGAAAGUUUUGAAGGAAUUGGAUACCAUAAAAAUCAAAACUCUCGAAGAAAUUCGUGCUGAAAAAAGAAGAAAACAGGCAGAAAUGAAUUCCAAAGUGAGUGCAACGGUAUUGGUGGCGGAAAUAAGUAGUACAACUAAAGAUGAAGAUGAGAGCAGACAAAAAGAAACAGUUCCUGCAAAACCAAUAACGCCGAAGAAAAAAGUUAAAUUGAUACGCUUGGCAUCCACAGACCUCAAAGAAUUAGUUGAAAACGAUUCAAGCAAAAUACAAGAAGAUAAAUCAAAAGAACAAACACAACAAAACGAUCAAGAUUUGAAGGAGAGACUUCCUACUUCUGUGGAAGAAGAUGCUGAAAAAAGUUCUGCAUUACAAGCAGAUUCUGAAGCUUCAAGUGUUCAGUCAUCAAAUCCUCAGAAAUCAACAACAGGAAAUGGAUCUAUUGAGUAUCCAGAGGAAAUGUUACUGCUCGGUGAAGAUUUGGAUUAUGAGGAUGAUGGAUUGAUGAACGAAAUAGACUCCAUUUUAUCCAAAUAAGUUAACUUAUUAUUCAUGUGAUAUUUCAAAAAUCUUUUGAAUGUUUAUUAUGACCUAAGACCCAGUGUGUUUAUUACAUAAUUCACUAAAAAAUUUGUGAUAUAAUCGAUUUUUUUCAUUAAUUUCUUAAUUUAUAGGAAAAUCUUCAAUUCAUUGGUUUAAUUGUUUGAUUAAGUUUUACUCCUUUGAUUUAUAUUAAAAAAAAUGUAUAUAUGCUUUUGUUCAAUGUUUUCAACGUAAUUAUUAAACUCUGAGAAAUGUCUAAAUUAAAAAAAUAUUUAUAAUGAUUGUAAAUAGAUAUUUUGUACAAAAAAUACAAAAAUAAGAUCCAA